UUCAGCUUGAAGUUCAAGCACCCCUCGAAGUCUACAAAAAGGAGAGAAAAUCGAACCAGCGAGACUAGACUCUUAACAGCAGAUAGAUAAUACAAUGCAACCCAGUGCCAGAAAACCCUUUCCCUCUCAGCCAAUCCAUCAAAAUCGCCGCCCUCGUUUAUGAUUCCCUGAUAUUCAAAUUCCGAUCUUGAGCUUAGUCACAAACGAAUCCAAUAAUGGUGAUGUUACAGAAAUUCAAGCUCAUGGCCACUCAGUGUGGCGCUCCUGCCCCAAGCCCCACCUCCAGUCCUCUCAUCCAACUCCGCCGCCGCAAAACACUCCGCACGCUGCUGGGCCGCACGCCACGGCGGCGGGACUUCUCCGAUCGACAAAUUGCUGAAAAGAAAAAGAACAAGAAGAGCAAGGACUCGAGCAGCCGCACUCUGAAGGACCUGUUUGUGUCUUCGCCGCCGCUGGACGAAGAUACCAAGAAGGCAGCGGAGAAUUUGAAGAACAAAAGCGAAGCGUUUCCGUCAGCAAUGAAUGGAGAAGAUAUCAGCGGCGACGGUUUAGGAGCUGCUCCGCUUUCUCCGAGGCCGGUCUGGUUGGGGUUUCGGCAUCGAUUCAUCAAGAGGGCGUGGCGUCCUGUUCUCGUCACUAUUCCAGAGUAAAUCAUCGAAAACACAGAAAAUAAAAAUAAAUAAAUAAACUUUUUGUCAAUACUCGUUAAUGUCUUCCUUUGAAAGAAAAAUUGUGAAUGAUGUGCUUUCAAAUGUAAUAUAAUGAUGGUGGUUAACUCAAGUCGCCGGAAAAGAAAGUCUCCGGCAAUCCAGUACGGCUCUGAAAUUGUUGUAGAUUGGAGUGUUUGUUUAUUUAAUUGUUUAUUUUUAAUGUUUGAAAUUGAAGUUGGGAAA